AUGGCUCGUGGUACUCAUGUAGCUCUAUCGAGCAUUUUCCUUAUCCUUAUUCUGUACUUUUUGCAAGGUUUAAACAUUGGACUCGCAACUAGUAUACCCAUAUUCUUGGCUGUACGAGGAGCGAAUUGGGCACAUCAAAGCAUAUUUAGUUUCGUUUAUUAUCCAUUUUCGUUGAAGCUUUUCUGGGCACCUUUGAUCGAUACUAUUCAUAUUCCUCGUUUUGGCCGACGUAAAACAUGGUUAAUACCGAUUCAGUUAUGCAUCGUGGCAAUUCUCUUACUCCUAUCGUUUUACGUCGAUUCGUUUGUCACGGCUGGUCAUGUUGUAUGGCUUGCCGUAAUGUUCUUUGGCAUUAUUCUUCUCACUGCAUCUCAGGACAUUUGUGUAGAUGGUUUAGCUAUUACAUUGUUUUCUGCGACUAACCCUCAAUGGACAUCAACUUCGCAGAAUGUCGGGCAAACACUAGGUCACUUCUCGGGCUUUUCGUUCUUACUAACAUUGGAAUCAGCUAAUUUUACGAAUAAAUACAUUCGUCAACCGCUAUCAUUGCCCUUCCAAGCGUAUGGUCUAUUCUCGCUCGAACAUUUCAUACGUUUUGCAGCUCUGGCCUUUCUAGUAGUAACCGUAAGUGUUGCGAUAUUUUUCCAUGAGAAAAAGGAAGUAGCACUAACCAACAAAGAAGACGCACAUCCAUUAACAAUAUCCGAAACAUAUAUUUCAGUCAUAAAACUGUUCAAAAAGAAAUGUAUGCGACAAUUAGCUAUUAUAUCAAUUCUCGCACCGGCUGGCUUAGUAGCUACUACGUAUAUGACACGUGUGUCACUUACCAAGCAAGGUGUACCGCAAGCUAAUUUAGCACUUGUUGAAAUUCCAGUCACAUUGGUUUCAGUCUUUUCACCUCUUAUCAUUCGUCGUACCAAACGGCCUCUGAUUUGGUUCGUUCGAUUCUACGCUUUGUAUCUUCUUAGCGCAAUUCCAACCGCUGCGUAUGUGUAUUUCACUCCUCAGAUAAUCUCAUCGAGUUACUACUAUCCCCUACUCAUUGUCUUUCUUACAUGUAAUGAGUUUUUCCGAGUUCUUCGAGCUGCGGCUCAAAUCGGUUUCUUUGCUUUGAUCAGUGAAGAACGUAUCGGUGGAACUUAUAUGACGUUGCUUGCCACCCUAAGCAAUUUCGGAUUCGCUAUGAACUCUUCGGCCAUACUUUAUCUAUCAAAUUGGUUACCCAAGAAAUACGAUUAUGUGAUUGCAGUUGGUCUAUGUAUCACCCUUGGUGUACUAUGGAUGGUGCUUUCAUUUCGAACUAUAAAACGACUGCAAAAAUUACCUACACACAAGUGGUAUUUAUUUCCCGAGACGAUCACCGAUAACACAAUCACAUUGGAGAAAAAAUAUGAUAGAAAGUUAUUGGAUGAUGAAACAAACUAA